AUGAAUAGUGAAAACUUAUCAACUUUAUUACUUGAAGGGAUUAACUUAAUAUUUGAAAAAUGGACAGUGCUCCGGUUAGCUGUAACAAAUAAUUGGGGUGGAACAUCCUCAGAGGAAAAGAAAAAAAAGUUAAUUGAAUAUGUCCAUAAUUAUGUUUUAUCAAAUACGACACCCAAAGAUAAACUUUGCGACUAUUUAAGAGAUGAAGUUAAUACACUUUUUAAUGUGGAUAUUGACGAUGAUAGUGAUAUCGAAGUUUCGGAUUUAAUAUUAGAUCUAUACAAAGAUUUAAAAAACAAUAAUUUAGAAAUAAUUGAAAAAAUUCGAAAUAUACAAGAACAUGAUUUAAAUUCUUGUAGAGAGCAUAAUUUAAUACAAGAAGUGGAUAUAGACGAAGAAGAUGAUUCAGCUAGCGAAUAUUCAGAUGAGGAUAAUUCCAAUGAAGCAUAUUCGGAUUCAUAUCAAUCAGAAGGCAUGUAA